AUGAUCGUUGAUUUAAGUCACUUGAAUCCGUUGAAUAAAAAAAAUAAGGCCACCGUUGCCGAUCUGCAGUCUCGUCUAAACAGCGAAGCUCAGAUUACCUUGGGAAAUGAGCUGGAAAUAUCGGGUCUAGAAGAAACACCAAAUGAAAACCCAACUCACUUGGUAUUAACUGUCGCCGCUAAACUAGGCAUUGAGUAUCAGGACAUGGACUUGAAUUAUGUGCACCGAGCUGGUACCAAAAACCAAAAUAUAAUUACUAACGUGAGUGGGAACCGUAAACUUCAUCGUUCCUUGGUGGUUGCUUUCACCCGUCAAGCUAAACGUGAGGAAUUCCUUGAACACGCGAAGGCUAGGAAAAACCUAAAGAGUAAAGACAUUCUGAAUUAUGGGCCUGAAAAUUUGAUCGACGUAAAUGAGCGUCUCACUGGCAAAAAUCGACGGCUAUUUCGUAAUGCGAGAGCUUUCACCGUCGAACAUGGCUACAGGUUUUGCUGGCUGCGGAACGGAUCCAUAUUUAUUAGGAAAGGGGAUGUCAAGGAAGGUAGCCCCGCAAUCCGUAUUAGGUCGGAAAAUGAUCUCAGCCGCCUGCUCUGUGCCCAAACCAAACCCGACACGGUGACCACUUAG